AUUGCGGGACUGCGGCGGGCAUUCUGACAUUCUGGGGGGAACUGACUUGUUGUCACUGGCAUCCCCAGUGACACCAAUACAGUGAUCAGUGCUAAUAAAAAGCACUGACACUGUACUAAUGGCACUGGGCAGGAAGGGGUUAACAUGUGGGGCGAUCAAAGGGUUAACUGUGUGUUGUGUGCUGUUUUACUGUGGGGGCUGUGUGUGUGUUUCACUGUAAGAUCACUGCUUUGUAUGGGUCUGCUAUGCAAAGCAGGAGCUGACAGCGGUGAGAUCUGUAUUACAAGAGGUCUCUCCCCCAUAGGAGAUACUUGGUGAUCACCGGGUG